AUAAACAGUAUUUCAGGUAGUGCAGUUCUAAAAGUUUAGCUUUUCUAAAUACCUAUUAAAACAUUACUGAGUUCAGAUUCAAGUACAUCCAUUUGACACGAUCCAAAUAGGAUGAAAAACGCGUUCUAGUUUCUCCUGGAAGCCAAUAACUAGUUCUAAUAAGACUUCGUAUAUGUACUAUGUAACUGACACCAAGCAAAGUAAGAGUAAUGUCAUUAAUUUUGAUGAUGGAUUUGUUUUAAUGAAUUUAGGACUUAACCUUCUAAUUUUCAAGUGUAUCAGAUUAAUAACAUAUGUACAAAUGAUGGAUACAUAAUCUAUUUCUCAUCUAGGUUAUGUUAAGUGUUGGUCGUAGUUCAGUUACAACUGCUAAUCAACCUGCUUCUGUAUUCAAUGCAAAUUCUCCUCCAGGUGCUCCUAAAGGUGUUUACAGUUCUGAAAAACAAUUUCAACAACCACAAAUGGCUCAAUUACCAUAUAACAGAUUUAUUCAACCAAUGGAAAGAUGUGAUGGUUUAAUCACUGAUUUGCUCACUGAAUUACAACCAGAUCCUUGGCCUGUACCUCAAGGUAAACGUCCUUUACGUUCAGUUGGUACAGCAUUGAGUAUCGCAGUUGGCUUAUUAGAAGCUGCUUAUCCUAAUACUGGAGCUAGAGUUAUGCUAUUUCUUGGUGGUCCGUGCACUCAAGGUCCUGGUAUGGUAGUUGAUGAUGAUUUAAAAAAUGUUAUACGUUCACAUCAUGAUAUGGAAAAAGAUAAUUGUAAAUAUAUGCGAAGAGCAAUGAAACACUAUGAAGGAUUAGCUAAUCGUGCUGCACAAAAUCUUCAUGUUGUUGAUAUAUUCAGUUGUUCAUUAGAUCAAACUGGUUUACAUGAAUUACGUUAUUUAACUAAUUAUACUGGUGGUCAUAUGAUUAUGGGUGAUAGUUUUGCAUCAAGUUUAUUUCAACAAACCUAUCGUCGUGUAUUCAAUAAAGAUGCAUCUGGUUCAUUUUUAAUGGGAUUAGCUGGUCAAAUGGAAGUGAAAACAUCAAAAGAACUGAAAGUAUCCGGUUGUAUCGGACCAUGUUUUUCAGCUAACGUUAAAAUGCCUAAUACUGGUGAACAGGAAGUUGGAAUUGGUCGUACUUCUGUCUGGCGGUUAAACGGUUUCACUCCAUCAACUACAUUAGCCAUUUAUUUCGAAGUAGCUACUCCAACUAGUGGUGGUGGAGUACAAAUACCUCCAGGUAGUAAUGGUAGAGGUUAUGUACAAUUUGUUACACAAUAUCAACGUGCUAAUGGUCAGCGUAAAUUACGUGUCACAACAGUAUGUCGUAAUUGGAUUGAUUCAACUACACAAUUGCCACAUAUGAUAUGUGGAUUUGAUCAAGAAGCGGCUACUGUACUGAUUGCACGAAUGGCAAUGUUCAAAGCUGAAACAACAGACAGCGUUGAUGUAUUACGAUGGUUGGAUAGGCAACUAAUUAAAUUAUGUCAUAAAUUCGGAGAUUAUCGUAAAGAUGAUCCAACUUCAUUUCGAUUACCUGGUGAAUUCUCAUUCUAUCCUCAAUUUAUGUUUCAUAUGAGACGUUCACAAUUUCUACAAGUUUUUAAUAAUAGUCCAGAUGAAACAGCUUAUUAUCGGUAA